AUGGUAAAGGACCCAAGGAUUGAUGAGGCAGAAGAGCCAAUCUCGACUUUACUGCGCGAGACACGACUUUCAGACUCUGCGCACGACUAUACCUUGGAUAGCGAAGACGCAGAACAGUUCCUAUCAGACUGCAUCAAUAACGACUAUUUGUUGUGUAAGCACCGGCUCGAAACAUCAAAAGAACGUGACGUGUUAGUCAAGGGGAAGGACUCUUGUAGUGGUAAAUCGGUGCUGUCUUUCGUGAGCGAGGAAGGUCACUUGGAAAUCGCCAAGUUGCUGUGUGAACAUGGCGCUGAGCUAGAAAAUUUCGACGAUGAUGGAAGAACUCCGGUGAUGCUGGCUACUCUCAAUGGCCGCGGCCAGACCGCAAUGCAUCUAGCAGGGUAUGGUGCUUCUCUCUUUAUCAAGGAUAGGGAUGGUACAACCUUGAUUCAGGCCGCGAAGACUGCGUUCCGGCAGCUGAGUGAGCGGGAAUGGUCAAUAGCCAAAACUCCGAUCUAUGCCUCGGAAAUGGGUUCUUCGGAGGCCGUAGAGCAAGUGGACAGCAGGAAUCAUGUCCUCCAACAUAUCAAAGAAAGGAAGGAGGGCUUAAAACACAUUAUUGAUCUCUAUUUGGCAUUAAAGCCAGAAAAGGACAUCCAAGAACAUGCUACGUCAGAUGUUAUGGAAAACGACUCAUUUCGCAUUACACAGAGAAAUGUGUUAUGUAGGCCACGUAUGUCUCUGAGUAAAGUCCUUUUCGAGACCGACAUGGCUAGAGACACCAAAACUUUCGCGUUCCUGGAUCGCGGUCGGCCAUUCGAUAAUAUACAGGCCGCUGCCGUGAGUGGUUAUACUGCGGGAGCAGGUGGGGCCAAUGAUGGAUGUUUGAGUCGGGACCUCUGGACGUCGAGAGUCAUGAAUUACUGCGAAGUUAUAGGACAUGAAUUGCCUCAGAUCAACCAACUAGACAGAUCAGUACCGAAAGAAUUUUACGCUUCUCAUGCUGAAAAACAGCUGAUGGCGUACUUCUUGUGGAUGCAUACGACCAUAGAUCAGAACUUCAGGGAAAGCAAUGACGAUGGGGAGGUCUGGGGAAACAACAAUGAAAUGCGUAAUCUUCAUCUCAGCAAGCCUGAUGUUAUGUUGCUGAAGAAGGAUAUCUAUGUUUCGAGGGACCCUUGUACUGAUUGCAAGCUCUUUCAGCAGCGACUUCUUGAGAAAGAAGGCAUCGACUUUAAAUUCUUCUUUAUCCGGCCGAUUGUGGUUCGAUUCGGCAGCUAG